AUGACCAACCUCGACCUGUUCCUCCUCAAGGGCCCGCCGGGAGGCGAUCUCGCUGCGGGCCUGGACGAUCUGCGCCACCACAUUCUGAUGACCGGCAUUCCAGCGAACAGCGAUGGCAUGUCCGAGCUGCGCAUAUACAUCUGGCUGACCUUCCUGAACGCUGCGCCUAUCCGCACCGACGUCUAUCUGGAUCUCGUGCGCCAAGGAGCCUCCCCGGCGUACACCAAGAUCCGCAACGACACCUUCCGCACUCUUGCCACGGACCCGCUCUUCCGCCGGCGCGUCACCGAGAACAGCUUGACCCGCGUCCUGAAUGCCGUUGCUUGGAAGCUGCAUGAUGCGCAUGAGGCCCGUGUGAACGGCUGGCAGUCGCCGCCUACCCUAUCUGACUUUGGCAGCCCGGACCUCACUCGGAGCUCUCUGACCGGCACCACCAUCACCGAGGGCUCGCAGUCCCAGCACGGCGACCACGCCGAGCAGGUCGGCUACGUCCAAGGCAUGAACGUCCUGGCCGCCCCAUUCCUCUACGUUGCGCGCAGCGAGGCCGAGGCUUUUGUCGCCUUCGACAAGUUCAUCACCAACGAGUGCCCCGGAUACGUCCGCGGAUCCAUGGAGGGUGUGCAUAAAGGCCUAGCUUUGGUGGAUACCGUGCUGGAGAUUGUCGACCCCAAGCUUUUCGCACAUCUUGCGUCGAAAGGCUUGAAGGCUGAGAUUUAUGCCUUCGCUUCCGUCCUGACCAUGUGUGCCUGCACGCCGCCUUUGCCUGAGGUCUUGCUGCUAUGGGACUUUCUUUUCGCUUACGGCCCCCACUUGAACAUUCUGUGCAUCGUUGCUCAACUCGUCUUGAUUCGCGACCAGAUUCUGGCUAGCCCAAGCCCGAAUCAGAUCCUACGCUCUCUUCCUCCUCUGCAAGCCAAGUCGAUCAUUGGCCUUGUCGUUGCCAACGCACAGCGCAUCCCAGAGGAUAUCUACCAACAAAUGAUUGAUCACGCGAAAUGA